CUCCCCUCUAUUGUUAUUGUGUCGUGCGCGUGAGGAACGGGCAGGAUGCACGAGGAGACAGCAAGACUGAUAAAAUGAUAAAGCUAGUGUGAGACACCCAGGCUAGCAUAGCAGAGAUUUUGACUCCGUUUAGCGGCAAUUUAUGGAAGUGUCGCCGGCGUGAUAGACAAGCCAGCUCAUGUAGAGGCCAGUAAACAUUCAUACUAGCUGGUCAACACCACUUGAAGCGAUUGCUCAGCGGACACCUCAGCGGUCUUUCUGUUCAAGUUCUUCUCUUCUCUCCGUCUGAUGUGGACUGAUUCAGAACUGGGCCAUCAUGAUCCCAGUGAACCUUCUGGUCACUCCUUGGUUGACCAACUUAAUACGAGCAGCAUCAUGUCAGUGAACCCCCCGAGUAGCAAUGACGCCUGCCUCAGCAUCGUCCACAGCCUCAUGUGCCAUCGGCAGGGCGGGGAGAACGAAGGCUUCGCCAAGCGGGCCAUUGAAAGUUUGGUCAAAAAGCUGAAGGAGAAAAAAGACGAGUUGGACUCGCUCAUCACCGCUAUCACGACCAAUGGCGUCCACCCGAGCAAGUGCGUCACCAUUCAGAGGACGCUCGAUGGACGACUACAGGUGGCAGGGAGGAAAGGAUUUCCUCAUGUAAUUUACGCACGGCUGUGGCGCUGGCCCGACCUCCACAAAAAUGAACUCAAGCAUGUCAAGUUCUGCCAGUAUGCCUUUGACCUGAAGUAUGACAAUGUGUGCGUAAACCCUUACCAUUAUGAGAGGGUGGUGUCGCCAGGCAUUGUUGGUCUCAGUCUUCACAACACAGCUCCGCCCGGCGGUCUGAUUAAAGAAGAGUACAUCCAUGACUGUAUCCAGAUGGAUCUUCCACCCGGUAUGCCACUGUCUGACCACCAAGCAACGCUAAAGAUGCCUCCUACAGAUCAUUACGGCCAACCCCUGCCGCAUCUGUCCUCCGAGCCUCACGGACCGCCGCCGGUCACCAGAUACACUCAGCUGCCUGUCUCACCCAAAGUGUCCAACUCGGGCUCCAUGCUGCCACUGCAGGCCAGUCACGGCGACGGCCGCCCUCAGACCGCUUCUCCACAGGUGCAAGUUAUGACUCAAGCGCCACGUUCCCCGACUCCAAAUCAACCGCCCCCUCAGCAACAAGGUCCCCAACCACCUCAACAAUCCUCUCUACCUCCUCAUCAAUCCCACGGCCAGAAUGGAUACGGUAGCAGCAAACACUCUCAAAGUCAGGCUGCCUUCCACACGGUCUGGACAGGUAGCAACACCGCCUCCUACACCCCAAUAGGACCCCUGCAAAACGGACGUGGUCACCAGCCAACUCCACUUCACCAUCCGAGUCAACAUUGGUCUCAGCAUCAUGGUUCAACAUCUUUCGCCCCUUCAGUAUCCAAUCAUCCAGGACCAGAGUUUUGGUGCUCCAUCUCCUAUUUUGAAAUGGACGUUCAGGUGGGGGAGAUGUUUAAGGUGCCCUCCAACUGCCCCGUCGUGACGGUUGACGGCUACGUGGAUCCAUCGGGAGGCGACCGCUUCUGCCUCGGCCAGCUGAGUAAUGUCCAUCGCACGGAUGCCAGUGAGAGAGCCCGGUUACACAUCGGUAAAGGGGUGCAGCUGGAGUGUCGUGGCGAGGGCGACGUGUGGAUGCGGUGUAUGAGUGACCACGCCGUGUUCGUUCAGAGCUACUAUCUGGACCGGGAGGCGGGUCGAGCGCCGGGCGAUGCUGUGCACAAGAUCUACCCUGGAGCAUACAUUAAGGUGUUUGACCUUCGGCAGUGUCACAGACAGAUGCAACAGCAAGCUGCGACCGUUCCGGCCGCCGCCGCUGCGCAGGCGGCUGCGGUGGCAGGGAAUAUACCUGGACCGGGAAGUGUUGGCGGCAUAGCCCCUGCAGUCAGCUUGUCUGCAGCCGCAGGGAUAGGCGUGGACGACCUCCGGCGACUCUGCAUCUUGCGCCUCAGCUUUGUCAAAGGCUGGGGGCCCGACUACCCCAGGCAGAGCAUCAAACACACGCCGUGUUGGGUGGAGGUCCACCUUCAUCGUGCUUUGCAGCUUCUGGACGAGGUGUUACAUACCAUGCCGUUAGCCGAUCCGGGACCCGCUAACUGAAAAUACAGAUGCUGUUAUUUAGAUGGGGAUUAUUUGAAUGUGCGCGCACAGAGCCUACUCAUUGGAUAGUUUUUGCUUUGUACCGAAAGGGAAGGAAUUCCAAUGAGCAUUCAAAAACAAACUCAAAUGACCAACACUUAAUGCUUGUAACAAUCAGUGCACGCUAGUGUAGCUCACAGAGUACCAUAGACAAAAAGUUCUACACUCACGUUCAAAAUGAGGGUGAGUCACACCGUGUUGAUAUUAACAACGAGCAAACUACAGGGAGCCCUCGGGUUACGAUGUCCUCGACCUACGACUUUACGACGCCCGUGUUUGGUCUGCCACUUAUUUCCUGGCGCUAAAGUUUUUUGCUUAGCUACUGCAUAGUGCCUUUUUUCGCGCUAUGUACCCAAAGGAGAUAGUUGGGUCUUCUGAGAAAAAGCUAUUACCAAGGAAACCAAUCUUAACAUCAUAAAAAGAACGAAGAAAGGGGAGACACACACGAACAAAGUUAAACCGUCGCCCAAAACUGCCUUGCCCGUCGCCAAACGCGUUUUGUGUUGACGCAGACCAACAUUCGUGUAACAAAUCGGGUUGCAUCGUUGAUGCGUCGAGUGCUGUGUGUUCUGGGCUGUCCGUAAAAGUCUGACGAGAGCGAGCGAGAAAGCUGUUCACAGUAGUCGUGUUCGUUGCAAAUAUAUCAUUGAAAACUCUCCAUCCACUUCUCAGCAGUAAUGCUAAGUACAGCAUCUUAUUAUGUUGGGGUUUGCCUUGCAAAGGCCAAGAUAGUGUUAUUCUGCAGCUUGGUUUUUAUUCUCCGCGUUUUUUCGGCGCAGCGCAGCCCGAACCGUUUGACCGAUCGGCAACGUUCAAGUAUCGAAAUGACCGUAAUUCUCGCGCGACGCAGGGAAUUUUUCAAACGGCCCC